AUGGCGACGCCGCUGCUUGACGACCCGAUCUCUGCGACAGAGCCCAAGGGCCAGGAUUCCGUCAUUCCCAAGGAUGCUGCCCCCGCACCCAGUAUCGCCACAAUAGCUUCUACCACCGUUCCUGCGGAGGCUCGAGAAGCGGUGACAGCUUCCGAGGCUCCGACAGGGAGUAUCGUGAUCGUGUUCGGGUCGAACCAGGAGCAUAUUGUGCACAUGGUCGCGGAGGUACUGGGAAAAUCAUGGACAACAGAGACGUCGCCAGCGACCCUUGCGCGCGCGAACGAUCCGACCGUAGCUGGGGUUCUGGCGCAUCAGCUAGAACAAGGCCUUCACGGAUGCGACAGAUCGGCUCUGGUUAUUAUCAACACGCACUGUGUGGAGGAUGGGUCUGCGCCAGACGACCGGCUUACUGAAAGCUGCGACUACGAGUUCCUAUACUCGCGCACUCCUUUCCUCAGACGGGACCUCGCCCGGUUUCUGUCCCUUAUUCUUGGCCAAACAAGACCGCACGAGGAUCUUCGCACGAAAACCCGCACCAACUUCAUCUCGACCACAUUCCCGGAUGUGCAUGCCGCACUCCCGAACUUGGAUAUUCUGUCUGUCGGGUCGGACGCCGUGGAGAUCCGCGUGGACCUACUCGUUGAGCCUGGGCUGGAUGCAACCCCCGCCAGCCCCGUGCCCAGUCUGAAGUAUGUGGGCCAGCAGCUGAUGCUGUUGCGGCAACAUACCGAGCUGCCGAUUAUUUUCACGACGCGAUGUACCAAGGAAAAUGGGAAAUUCCCCAUGGAUGACCCGAGCCUGUUCUACAAGUACCUGCGCCGCGCUAUUCAAUGGGGGGUCGAGUACAUUGAUGUAGAGCUGUGGCUGCCCGAGGACAUCCGGCGGCGGCUGGCCGAGGUCAAAGGCCACAGCAUCAUAUUGUCGGCAUUCCACAAUUUCUCGGGAACGUGGAAAUGGACAUCCCCCGAGGCGCAGCGCAUCUUCACCGAGAGUGCCAAGUACGCUGACAUCGUGAAGAUGAUCGCCAUGGUGCAAACGCCCGAGGAAAACUACGAGCUGGAGUACUUCCGAUCCACUAUCAAAAACCGCGGUCCCGGUCCGUUGCUGUCGGCCGUCAAUAUGGGCCAGGUGGGACAGCUGUCGCGGGCCCUCAACGCGGUGUUUUCUCCCAUCACUCAUCCUCUUCUCCCGAUGAUCGCGGCACCCGGCCAGCUAACUGCGGCUGAGAUUAAUGAGGCUUUGCACAUCAUGGGCCAGUUGCCCAAACGCGAUUUAUAUGCAAUUGGGUCGUUCCGGUCCACACCGCAUUCUAUGUUCAUGGAGAAGUGUCUCAACGAACUGGGCUUGCCGCAUAUCUUUUCCUCCGUUGACCGCGGGCCCAAGGGGUCCAUGGAGUCGGUGGUUAUGCAGCCACAUUUUGGCGGUGCUUCUCUUAACCCGCCCGUGGCUAGUACAGUUGGUUAUAUCCCUGUUGUGAGCGAUGCCGCCCGCGCCAUUGGGCUGGUGGAUACCAUCGCCAUGGCCGCGCCGGGUGACAAUCCGACGAACGGGAACACCCGGUUCAUUGGAGAGAACGCUGCGUGGAAAGGGAUCCGAGCAACUCUGACGCGCGAGUACGUGCCGUCAGCCUAUCACGGCCGAGCAGCAAUCAUCCUUGCUGGGUCCGAAACCGACGCCUCGGCAGCGAUCUUCGCGCUGCGCAGUUUGGGCGUUGGCGCGAUCUACACGGUCGGGUUCAAAGCCACGGGCCCGCUAGCCGCCGGUCUGGAGCCAUUCACUUCCAUCCAAUCCGUCAAACUUGUCGAGCAGCCCUUUGUGAUUGUCUCGGUACUUCCGCCUGAAAAAUCGCUGCUUGUCCAGCCGCUUUUGCGCCACUACCGCGCCAACGGCCGCUCGUCGCCGCCCUCAACCCGCGGAAAGGUCUACCUGGAUCUGACCAGCGGGCCUCGCAAGGGUGAUCCGCUCGGUGUCGCGACUAGUGCCGGGUGGACGGCGUACGGGUUCGAGGAUGUCAGUGCCUGGACUACAGUUGAGACGCUGCGGCUGCUCGUCGGGCAGAAUGUGCCGUUCGACUUUGUGCGCAUGGCGUCGGGACGCCCACUGUUCUAG